UCCUCCUCCUGUCUGAGGAGGUUUCAUUUUCUCCACCUGCAGAUUUUUACUCUGAAACUCACCUGAGCUCGUUUCACUGUUUCCUGUUUCCUGUUUGUUUGUCUCACCUGAAGCUAAACCUCUGACACCACGUGACGCCUAGACAGAUAUGACGUCAGCAUCUGACCUGGAGCAGCUCGCGGACCUUAAGCUGCAGAGGGAGGAAGAGGAGGAGGAAGAGGAGGAGCAGACAUGUGUCACAGACGCUCCAUCGUCAGUCCUUCCUGACUCCUCCCACCCGUAUUAUGACGUGGCUCGACACGGCAUCGUCCAGGUCUCUGGAGACGACAACUACGGCAGGAAGUUGAUCAUCUUCAGCAGCUGCUGUUUGCCUCCAUCGCACCAGCUGAACCAUCAGCGGCUGCUCGAGUACCUGAAGUUCACGCUGGACCAGUACGUGGAGAUGGACUACAUCCUGGUUUAUUUCCAUCACGGUCUGAGGAGCAGCAACAAGCCGUCGUUGAAAUGGUUACGAGAAGCGUACAACGAGUUCGACAGGAAAUACAAGAAGAACCUGAAGACUCUUUACGUGGUUCAUCCCACAAACUUCAUCCGGAUCGUCUGGAACAUUUUCAAACCUCUGAUCAGCCACAAGUUCGGGAAGAAGCUGACGUACGUGAACUUUCUGGACGAGCUGAGAGAACACGUGAACUUCGAGCAGCUCGUCGUCCCUGCUGACGUCCUCAGACACGAUGAAAAGUUACGAGCGGCUCAGAGAGGCGGAGCCCCUCCCCCGGUGAAGAAGCCGCCGCCCCGCCCCCCCCUGCCCACUCAGCAGUUUGGAGUCAGUCUUCAGUACAUCAGAGAGAAGAACGGGGGGGCCACGAUUCCGCCUGUGCUGCUUCAGACGGUUCGAUACCUGAAGGAGAACGGUCUGAGGACAGAGGGACUCUUCAGACGCUCGGCUCGUGUUCAGCUCAUUAAGGACGUUCAGAAGCUCUUUAAUCUCGGGAAGCCUGUGAACUUUGCUCAGUACGGUGACGUCCAUGUUCCUGCUGUGAUCCUGAAGACGUUCCUCAGAGAACUUCCUGAACCUGUGCUCACAUUCAGAGUCUACAGCCAAGUCCAGGACAUCCUCAAUGUGGAGAACAUCCUCCGUGUGACGAGGUGUAAACAGAUUGUUGAAAGUCUUCCUGAACAUAAUUUCAUCGUGGUGAAGUUUCUGCUGUGUUUCCUCCACAUGGUGUCUCAGGAGAGCAUCAGUAACAAGAUGAGUCCGUCCAACUUGUCGUGUGUGUUCGGGGUGAACCUGGUUUGGCCUCGUCAUGGUUCCAUCUCCCUCACGGCUCUGACGCCCGUCAACAUCUUCACCGAGCUGCUCAUCGAACAUUUCCACACCGUGUUCUCUUCUCGCCGUGCAGCGGGAGAAGUGACGCCCUGAAGCUGCGGGUCGGCAGCUCUGGGUCCACUGACACAAGGUUUUCUACUUUUUUUAAAUCAACUGAAUGAAAUCUCUUCAUCAUCUCAGGAGGUUUUGACCUUAAGCUUCAAGAAUCUAGAUUCUCCAGACGUGGACCCCUCCACUCUGACGAUUGUGAUUUUUCUCUGCAGCGCAGCUUUGAGCUGUUAGUUAUUCACGAGUUAGCUCACCUGGUGGAGCUGCGUGUUUUUCUUACUCACCUUCUCCCACAUUUCAUUCUGACAACGUCCAAUAAAGAAUAAACUUUA